CUUCGGCUCCAGCUUCUUCAGGAACAGCGGCGGGAAAACGUCAGUCAUGACGGUUACAUGACGAUCGAUUCCUCUCCUCUGGAAUCGAACCGGAGGCGCCUUCCUCGAUCGACCUGUUUACGGAAAGCCAGCCAUGGAGAAUUAAUUGAGAUUCGUCCUUCCAUAUAAUAUCUAUUAUUCCUACCCACUAGAAGUUUCUUCAUUGCCCGCCCUGAAGUUCAUCGAAUCUCCCCAUUCUCUUGUAUAAAAAGGGGUUGUGGGUCUUCUUGCAUUCCGCACUCUUGCAAGGUUUCGGAUUCGGCGCAAUUUCCAGCGACUGAGUGGAAUUUUGAGUUACAAUUGAGAUGGCGGGCAUGGAAGGCUCAGAAGGUGGGGGGAGGAAGAAGGUGGUGGUGGUCGGCGGCGGCAUUGGUGGGUCCCUCGUCGCCAAGUCCCUUCAGUUCACUGCCGAUGUCGUCCUCAUUGAUCCGAAAGAGUAUUUUGAGAUCACCUGGGCAAGCUUGAGGGCGAUGGUCGAACCAUCUGUUGCGGAGAGAUCUGUGAUCGAGCACGUUGAUUACUUUUCCAAUGGACGAAUUGUCACGUCUGCAGCUGUGGACAUUGCAGAGAGAGGAGUAGUUACUGAAGAUGGCAAUCUAUUUCCCUACGACUAUCUCGUGGUUGCCACAGGGCACAGGGAUUCGGUUCCUAGGAGUCGGAGAGAAAGAAUUGCUCAAUACCAGGACGAAUUUGAAAAGAUAAAGUCUUCAAACUCGAUCCUAAUUAUCGGAGGAGGCCCCACUGGGGUAGAACUUGCCGGUGAAAUUGCCGUUGACUUUCCCGAGAAGAAGGUUACUCUAGUCCACCGAGGUUCUAGGUUGUUGGAAUUCAUUGGGCCCAAGGCUUCCCGGAAGACAUUGGACUGGCUGACUGCAAAGAAGGUCGAAGUGCUCCUAGGUCAAUCGGUCGAUCUGGGCUCUGCAUCAGAUGGUCUGUAUCGAACUUUUGAUGGAGAAACCAUAAGAGCUGAUUGCCAUUUCUUAUGUAUUGGGAAGCCUGUUGGUUCUUCAUGGCUUAAGGAGACCUUGCUCGGUGGCAGCUUAGAUGAUCGUGGAAGGUUGAUGGUUGAUGAGAACAUGAGGGUCAAAGGUCACAAGAAUGUGUUUGCCAUUGGAGAUAUCACUGAUGUUCCCGAACUGAAGCAAGGCUACUUGGCCCACGCUCAUGCUGAAGUAACAGUCAAGAACUUGAAGGUACUGAUGAGCGGAGGCAAAGGGCCCAAGCUUGCAACUCACAAACCCGGGUCUGCAAUGGCGUUAGUUUCGCUUGGGAGGAAGGAGGGUGUAGCCCAGUUUCCCUUCAUGACCAUAAGCGGGUGCAUCCCAGGCAAGAUCAAGUCUGGGGAUCUCUUCAUUGGGAAGACAAGGAAGAAGCUCGGACUCAAAUCAAAUUGAUCGGAGAAGAGAGAGGGAGAAGGAGAAGAAGGGCUUGAAUUGGUGUUUAGUUCGCUUUCGCUUGUUGCUUCAUUCAUGGAUGGUUUUAAUGCAUAUAUCACUCGAAUGUGUGAAUCGUGCUCAUAGUUUAUGUAGUACUGUGAUGUGAGAUUGAUCUGAUUUCAUUUAUGUUGAAGGGCAUUUAUUUUUCUGGCCA